AAUCAUUUCAGCUAUGAUUCAACCUUGAAAUUUAAUAAUGAAGGUAAUCGGACCCACCAUUUUCUUAUGCUGCAGAGUUUUGAUUUCUCACAAAUCCCAAAUCAUAAGCUUAAACAGAAAUAAAAAUCCAAUCUUGAUUUUUUACAUUCUUGAAUUAUUCUUUUUUGCCAUUUGAUUCAUGUAUUUUGAUUUUUACAGAAAUGGUUUUCAAGAAAGUGGUGAGUUUGAUGAUGGGUUGUCUGGGUUUAGCAAAGCAGCCCACACAGCCAGCUCAUCUUCUUUCCGAAACAACUGGGGAAUCUUUAUCCAUUAAUGAAGUACAACGUUGUUGCAACUCACAAAGAAUCAAGCUCAGUGAUGGCAGAUUAUUGGCUUAUGCAGAGAGAGGUGUCCCCAAAAGCAACUCCAUUUACAGAGUUAUUGUUGUUCAUGGAUUUGCCAGCUCCAAAGAUAUGAACUUUAUGGCAUCCCAAGAUCUAUUGGAUGAGUUAAAGAUAUACCUUGUGUUGUUCGAUCGAGCUGGAUAUGGAGACAGCGAUCCGAAUCCGAAAAGAUCGUUAAAAACCGAAGCAUCCGACAUUGAACAACUUGCCGAUAAAUUACAAUUAGGAUCGUAAUUCUACGUUCUUGGAGUGUCGCUCGGGUGCUACCCUCUAUGGAGUUGCCUCAAACGAAUACCAAACAGGCUAGCUGGGGUGUCACUAGUGGUUCCUUACAUAAACUAUAAAUGGCCCUCGAUUCCUAAUUACUUAACGAAAGACGAUUACCGAAAGGGACUUUCCAAAUGGGCUGUUAUGGUUGCUCGUUGUGCUCCUGGUUUAUUGCAUUUGUGGCUCACUCAGAAAUUGUUUCCUUCUUCUACGGUGCUCGAUAGAAACCCUUCGUUUUUUAGUGCUAAAGAUUUGGAGGUAUUGAAGAACACACCGGGUUACCAAUUGCUUAAUCAGAACAAGAUACGAGAUCGAACUGUAUUCAACUCCCUACGCCGUGACUUUAUAGUUGCAUUCGGCAAGUGGGAUUUCGAUCCAUUGGAUCUACAAGAUCCUUACCCUAAACAAGAAUCAAUGGUUCAUAUUUGGCAAGGCUACGAAGACAAAGUUGUCCCGUUUCAAUUACAAAGGUAUGUGUCCGAAAAGCUACCUUGGAUUCGAUACCACGAAGUUCCAGACGGGGGCCACUUGCUAGUCUACGAUACUGCAGUUUGUGAAGCCAUUUUAAGGUCUCUUUUGCUCGGAGAAGAUUCUCCAUUGUACAAUGUACAUGCUUGAAUUACUACUUAUUGGUUUAUUUAUUCAUUCUUGCUUAUAUAUAUAUAUAUAUCACAAAUUGUGAAAUUGAUGAUCUUUGUAAGUAGUUUUUGAUCAUUUUUUAGUGGAUGCAAAGAAUGAAUGUACUCUAUUUGUUUCAAGAAUUUUUUUUAGUUGUCUAUGA